AUGAAAGGGAAAGUGGUGCUGUUAUUAUCAACAGCAGUUUUUAUUGCUGCAUAUUUUAUAAGCCCCAACAGCGUGUCUUCAAUAUUAAAUAGUGUAUUUGCCUUAUUUGAACAUUCGCAAAACCGCAGCACCCCUCCCACUUCCGUGACAGUGUUUAGUAAGGAAGAGCUGGCAAAAUUCAAAGGCGAUAAUGGUGAAACCAUUUAUUUAGCACUAGUUGGUCAUGUUUACGAUGUUUCAAAAGGGCGAAAACAUUAUGGUCCAGGAGGAGGUUAUGAAUUCUUUGCCGGCAUAGAUGGUUCUAAAGCAUAUGUGACUGGUCAGUUUGAUAAAGACGGCUUAGUUGACGAUAUUUCUGAACUAACACCAGCAGAAGUCCUCUCACUGGACAACUGGAAGUCAUUUUAUGAGAAAGAUUACACUUUUGUUGGCAAAGUCGAAGGUGCAUUCUAUGAUAAAAAUGGGGCAGAGUUGCCAAUGUUGGAUGUUUACAGAAAGAAGUUGAAAAUUGCAAUGCUAGAGAAAGAGAUGGUUGAAAAUGACAAUCGUUUGUUUCCUCCUUGCAAUUCAGAAUGGAGUCAGGCUAGCGGUGGGCGAAUUUGGUGCACAAAACUAAGUGGCGGUAUAGCCAGAGACUGGGUUGGUGUACCAAGGAUGUACUAUGUUGCUGGUAGCUCCAAACCUAGGUGUGCAUGUGUCAGGACAACAGGCCCACCAUCUCAUGAUCCAGAAAGUACACAGCAUAAAAACAGAGGUGAUUUAGACAACCCGAACCUGAGCAUUUAUCCAAACUGUGAUGAAAUGUCUGAGUCUUGUCCGAUGCCUCAGUAA